AUGAAUCAAACAAUGAUCUAUAGGCUCUUUGCUAUUGCUAUUACUGUAGAAAUCUUCACCGAGAAAAUAGAAAAAGUAAGUAAUGAAAACUAUGAAUUGGAUAUGUUGAAUGAAAAAAGACAUUAUACUCACAAUACUGGGAAAAGCAACGUCGAAGAGAAGAACAAAAAUUGGAACGUCAACGAAGAGCGAGAGGCUGAGAAACAAAAAGAGAAACAAUUUCAACAAGUUAACAAACUAAAAUAUGACAAACUUGAAAUGACACGAGAAAUGAUUGUUGAUAUAGAAAAUAGUUUGGUGGAGGGAACACUCGGUACUUUAAUACGCGACCAUUUAGAACAGAAAAUGAUGACAAUCAACACGUUUCAACAUAGUGUUCCUGGAAUUAUUAAAUUUCGAAGAAAAGUUACAGCAGAGUGGAAUGACGAAUUAAGCGCCUUCGUACCAAUCCCAGAGACGAUUCAAGAAGAAAUUUAUAUAUUUUAUUAUUUAGAAAUCGAAACUUUUGUUCAAUUUAUAGAAAAUGAUUCGUUACACACACACAUCAUUAGUUUGCAGAAGAUUUUUCAUAAUAAGAAGCUUGUGUUGUUGAUAAAAGGUUUUGAUGGGUAUUGUCGCAAGAAGAAAAUACAACAUAAUCGUACUUUCGCUAAUGCUGUUCGGACCGGAAUAGAUCUUUGUGUUGAGAAAGACGGUCAAUCAAAAAAGAAGCAAACAAUUAUUAAAGGACCAGAUCAAGAAAAGAUAGAAGAAGAACUUAUCUGGCUACAACUUAUUGCCAAAGUUAUGAUUGUGCAUACCAAAGAUACUGAGGAAACUGCAGAAAUCAUAGGUGUCCUCUCGUCUGAUAUCGCAAAAAUUCCAUACAAGAAUCGGAAUGGUGAAUUAAACUUCUGGGUUGAGAAUCAAAUCCGCACUGGGACGGGCUACAGCGAUACAUGGUGCCGUAUGCUACAAGAGGUCCAGCACGUGACUGAGCCUGUAGCAAAGGGAAUUCUAAACAGACAUUCAACUAUCAAGUCAUUAUAUGAUGCGUAUAAUGGAUGUCAUACUCAAGAAGAGGCAGAGAAUUUGUUGACUGAUGUUGAGAUUCCAAAUAACGGUCUAGGGCAUCGAAAUAGAUAUGUCAACAAAGCUCUGUCCAAAAGAAUAUACGAAAUAUUUAUGGGUAAUAAUGCAGAUGCCAUUAUUUCUUGA